UGUGAGUGUGUAAGUGUGAGAGAGAGAGUGUGAGUGUGUGAGUGUGAGAGAGUAAUAGUGAGAGAGAGAGUGUGAGUGUGUGAGUGUGAGAGAGAGAGUGUGAGUGUGUGAGUGUGAGAGAGAGAGUGUGAGUGUGUGAGUGUGAGAGAGAGAGUGUGAGUGUGUGAGUGUGAGAGAGAGAGUGUGAGUGUGAGUGUGAGAGAGAGUGUGAGUGUGAGAGAGAGAGUGUGAGUGUGAGAGAGAGAGUGUGAGUGUGUGAGUGUGAGAGAGAGAGUGUGAGUGUGUGAGUGUGAGAGAGUAAUAGUGAGAGAGAGAUUGUGUGGAUGAUGGUAGUGGUGCUGGUAUUACUGGGAGGUAGUGGUAGCGUGGUGUUCAGCAUGGAUUACGGGGUUCUGAUGGCCGCUGUUCUCCUCCUGUGGAUCAGUUCAGCUAAAGCUGCAGGAUUGGACAGUCUGCAGUCAGUAUCUGAGGGAUGUACGCUGGGACAGUUUCCGUGUGGGAAUCUGAGUGUGUGUUUGCCGCAGGUUCUGCACUGUAACGGCAUCGAGGACUGUCCCAACGGAGCCGACGAGGAGCACUGCGGCGAUAACAGCGGUUGGGCUGACUUCUUUGACAGAACGAUUAAGAGAUCCUUCCCCGUGGAGCUGUCCACAGACUGCUUUCUGCAGCAGUUCCCGGAUGGAUGUCAGUGCUCUGUGCUGGAGCUGCAGUGUGUUCGGAUCAGGCUGAGGUCCAUCCCACACGUCUCGUCUAACGUCUCGUCUCUGUCUUUAAAGAGCAAUGAGAUCCGAGUUCUACCUGAAGAGGCCUUCAUCAAAUACACAGAGCUCCAGAGGCUUGUGUUUUGUUGUGUGUGUUUCAGAUUUCUUCAGGAUAACUGUAUAAACUCUGUGUCUAAUCAAGCUUUUCGUGGAUUAUUCAAACUGCAGAAACUAUCUCUGAGCCAAAACUGCAUCUCUGAGUUAAAAGCUGGAGUCUUCUCUGACCUGCAGCAGCUCAACUGGCUAAUUCUGGACGACAAUCCUCUGAAGACCAUCACUGUGAACACCUUCACCGGCCUGAAGUCGCUCUUCUUUCUGUCUAUGGUGAACACCUCGCUGGAGCUCUUACCUUCAUCCAGACUCUGCACUCACAUGCCCGCUCUCAACUGGCUGGAUUUUGAAGGGAAUCGUCUUCAGAUGCUGAACUACUCCACCCUGCUCUCCUGUGAUGAGCUGACUGUGCUGUCACUGCGGGCCAAUCAGAUUACGGUUCUGCUGGAGAACACCUUUCAUGGGCUGCGUGUGCUCGGAGAGCUGGACCUCUCCAGUAAUCAGAUCACCGAGCUUCCAGUCAGCAUCUUCAACGACCUGCAGGCUUUACAGAUACUGAAUCUCUCCCAGAAUCCACUGGUCCACAUCCACCAGAGCCAGUUUGAUCAUCUCACUCAGCUCCAGUCUCUGGGUCUGGAGGGUGUGGAGAUCCCCAACAUCGAACCCUGCAUGUUCCAGCCAAUGAAGAACCUCUCCCACAUAUACUUUAAGAAGUUCCAGUACUGCUCCUACGCUCCGCACGUCAGGAAGUGCAAACCCAACACUGACGGCAUCUCGUCCUUCGAGGACCUGCUGGCCAGCGUGAUCCUGCGCGUGUCUGUGUGGGUCAUGGCCUUCAUCACCUGCUUCGGAAACCUCUUCGUCAUCGGCAUGAGGACCCUCAUUCGGGCUGAGAACAACCUGCACGCCUUCUGCAUCAAGGUGUUGUGCUGUGCGGACUGUCUGAUGGGGGUGUACCUGUUCUUCGUGGGCGUGUUCGAUCUGAAAUUCCGUGGAGAAUACAAUAAGAACGCUCACGUCUGGAUGGAGAGUCUGGAGUGCCGCACCAUCGGGUUCCUGGCCAUGCUCUCGUCUGAAGUGUCCGUCAUGCUGCUGACCUACCUGACCUUAGAGAAGUUCCUGGUCAUCGUGUUCCCGAUGAGUCACCUGCGGCCGGGCAGGAAUCAGACCUUCGUGGUUCUGGGUGUGAUCUGGCUGCUGGGCAUGUCCAUCGCCGCCGUGCCGCUGCUCAGCGAGGAGCUGUUCGGAAAUUAUUACGGACACAACGGCGUCUGUUUCCCCCUGCAUUCAGACCGCGUCGAGAAACCCACCGCCAGGGGCUAUUCUACAGGCAUCUUCCUGGGACUGAAUCUGCUGGCGUUCCUCAUCAUCGUGAUCUCCUACUCCAGCAUGUUCUACUCCAUCUAUAAAACAGGGAUUAACGCCACAGAUCUGCGCAGUCGGCUGCAUAAAGACGUGGCCGUGGCCAACCGCUUCUUCUUCAUCGUGUUCUCUGAUGCCCUCUGCUGGAUCCCCAUAUUCCUGGUGAAAAUCCUCUCCCUGCUGCAGGUGGAGAUCCCGGGAACCAUCACAUCCUGGGUGGUGAUCUUCAUCCUGCCCAUCAACAGUGCCUUAAACCCCAUCCUCUACACGCUGACCACCAGCUUCUUCAGAGAGCAGGUGGAGCUGCUUCUGUGCCAGUGGCAGAGACACACGUCCCUCAAGAAGGAGCGCAAGAGCUUGACCACCUCGGUUAUGGACAUGGAGCCGUCGCGGCGUCAGUACUGCCCGGGCGGCUUCCUGCCGCGGACCUCCAUCCUGGACAUGGAGGGAAAUUUCAGAUGAAGCUCAGAGGAACGUUCAGAGAUUACGGGAUUUUACUACCUGAGCGUUUAGGAGACGAGGCUUGGUCCCCCAGGUGCUGCUCAGAGACUGGAGGUGGAGAGCUGCUUCACGUAGCCUUCCAGUGACCCACAACCUUACCAGACAUGAUAUUCAUGAACUGAUAAACACAUAUCAUACUCAGAAAUACAUUUUCAGGUAGAGCUUUAAAGACCUUUUUUAUCUGAAACAGAUAAGAGACUUUCAUGAAGACGUGCAGCUAAGCAUUAAUUGCUAUGAAAAGCAUUGUAGCAUUAACUUCACUGUAAAAUAUGAUUAAAAACCUUUUUAUAAAUAAGAAAAAACUCAUUACACUUCAUAUACAGAAGCCACAAUCAGGGAUUUGUGAUGCUAUACGUGUUAAGCUACAUACAUGUUGUUACACAUGAUGUCCAACAAGGACAUCAAGGUCAUCAUAUUGUUCCAAAUAAAGAUCUACGGGUCUAAACUGCCUUUUUUUUUCUUUGUGGAAAAUCGAAUUAAGUAUAUCAAAAUAUCACAAUAAAAAAAAAUACAUACUGUAUAUAAUACAUAUAAUUGUGUACUUUUUUUCGUUCGUGGUUUACAUGUAAAGAUUGGUGUCAGACAGUGGUUCAUUUAAGAGCCACUAAACCCUAAACCACAUAUUUUUUCAUUAAUAGCUAAAAUGUGUUCAUUUAAAGAAAUAAAACAUACCAGUGCUGCUUAUUUUUUAUUUUAUAUUUAAAAAAUCUAACCUAAACCUAAAAUCUAAAGGCUUUUAUUGUAGUAAUUUCUGGGUCUCUCACACUGCUGCUGCAGCAGCUCAGCCAAUCAGCUCUCCUUUCUGCCCCACCCCUAAACCCAUACAUCACCCAGUUCCCCUCCCAAACUACCCCUCCAAUUUUGUAGCCUUUUUCAAAUUUGAGAUAAGGGUGGAGUCAGCUAAAAUCAGGGAGUUAGUUAAUUUUCUUUUUAUUCAGAUUUUACAUAGAGUACC